GACUUGGCGCAGAACAUUGCGGAUCGGGCCGGCGCCAUUUUGGGACUGAGUCUGGCUGUGGGGGGAGGGAAAAGCGGCAAAAGGGGAUUAUUCAAAGUACCGAAAACCUCCUCCCGGGACCGAGCUCAGCGACACCCCCGGGCCAGGGGCACCUCCGGUGGGGCGGAAGGUUAUUUGUGUAAAAAAAACCCUGGAUAUUUGGAGUGGCCAUUAUUUGGAAUUAUGAUGACUGGAUAUUUUUGACCCAGAAGUUUAUUAAGACUGGCAAGAAACAAGUUGGAAGUGAAUUGACAACAGUGAACAAUUUCACUGCUCCACCACAGGAAUACAGGCACUUCUUCAGUAUUUUGGUUCAGAACAAACUGUUUUAAGGGUUAAAGUAGUUCAGCUGGCAGAAUUUUGCUGAUUUUUUUUUUAGUUAAUGUUCUUAAGCCAGAGCUGUAAGAUAUGUUUGAUCUGUGUACUGAAUAGUUUAAACAGUUUCAAAAUACUGUUUAAACAUUGCUGAAGUUCAUGGCAGAUAUUUUUACCUUUAUUAUAAAUUUUAGGUAUUUUGAAGUCCACCCUUCUCACUUUGCCAUGGAUCCUCUUUUCUAAAUGAAGAGAUAAUAGAAUCCAAAGGUUUUUUUUUUCUUCUAUCUUUUAUUUAAGUGUAAAUAUAUUUUCUAAAAUGUUGCCCUUAACCAGCAAUAUGGUGGUAUUGAGAUAGCUCUUGUCUCUCUGUAUAUGCUGAUGCUUAGGAAUGCUCUUCACUUCAGAUGUGAAAUUUGCUUUUUGUUUUUUGCUUUUUGUGUUAUAAAACCGAUAUUUCAUCUGGAGUGGAUGCUUAUGACAGUGACAUGAACACCAGAUAAUAAAGAAGAAAGGUUUCAGAAGAUUUUACAAUCUUAAAACCAAGGCUAAUUCUGGAAAUAGUCCUAUGAAUAAUUUAAAACAAAAGGAUGGGUAGCUGACUUGAAGUAGCUCUAUGUCAAAUAGCCACAGGUCAGGUACCUUCAAGGAACUUGGAUAUUAUUUCAAAGGAUACAAAAUAAAAAAACAAACUGGAAAGAGUGAAGAUUCCAGAGAGAAAACUAACACCUUCCUGCGCAGUCCAGUUGGAUUUUGGGCUUGCCAUGAGGUGUUGAAACCUUGUUUCACUGAGUUGGAGAGACUGGACCUAAAUGGCGCAGCAUGACUUUGCUCCAGCCUGGCUUAAUUUUCCUACUCCACCAUCGUCAACAAAGUCAUCACUGAAUUUUGAAAAACAUUCUGAAAGCUUCCAGUGGGCAGAGAAUCGUUAUGAUAUAAAUCGUAGACGUCACAACUCUUCAGAUGGCUUUGAUUCUGGCAUUGGACGUUCUAAUGGAGGAAACUUUGGAAGGAAAGAAAAAAAUGGAUGGCGUGCACAUGGAAGAAAUGGUACUGAAAACAUAAAUCAUCGAGGGGGAUACCAUGGUGGAAGUUCCCGUUCUCGUAGCAGUGCUUUCCACUCUGGAAAAAGCCAAGGACUGCAUGAAAACAAUGUCCCUGACAAUGAAACUGGGAAAAAAGAAGACAAGGAAGAACGCAAACAAUUUGAGGCUGAGGAUUUUCCAUCGUUAAAUCCUGAAUAUGAGAGAGAGCCAAAUCAGAAUAAAUCUUUAGCCGCAGGUGUUUGGGAAUAUCCUCUGAAUCCUAAAUCUAGAGCUCCAAGAAUGCUGGUCAUUAAAAAAGGUAGUACAAAAGAUUUACAGAUAUCUGGAUUCCCUGCAGUAGGAAAUCUUCAUCCUCAGCCAGUUAAAAAUGGAACUGGUCCAAGUGUUUAUAAAGGAUUAGUCCCUAAACCUGCUGCUCCACCUACAAAGCCUACACAAUGGAAAAGCCAAACUAAAGAAAAUAAAGUCGGAACUCCUUACCCUCAUGAGUCUUCAUACGGCAUUGGCAACUUUAAUGCCUUCAAAUCAACUGCCAAGAAUUUUAGUGUUUCAACAAAUUCAGUUAAAGAGUGUAAUCGCUCAAAUUCCUCUUCUCCUGUGGACAAACUUAAUCAGCCUCGUCUAACCAAACUGACCCGGAUGCGCACUGAUAAGAAGAGUGAAUUCUUAAAAGCAUUGAAAAGGGACAGAGUGGAGGAAGAACAUGAAGAUGGAACUCAUAUUGGACCAGAAAAGGAUGAUGACUCAUUUAAUUUGCAUAAUAGCAACAACACUCACCACGAAAGGGACAUAAACCGAAAUUUUGAUGAAAAUGAAAUUUCGCAAGAGAAUGGCAAUGCCUCCGUGAUUUCCCAACAGAUCAUUCGGUCUUCUACCUUUCCACAAGCUGAUGUCCUUUCAAGUUCACUUGAGGCAGAACAUAGGUUGUUAAAGGAGAUGGGUUGGCAGGAAGACAGUGAAAAUGAUGAAACAUGUGCUCCCUUAACAGAGGAUGAAAUGAGGGAAUUCCAAGUUAUUAGUGAACAGUUACAGAAGAAUGGUCUUAGAAAAAAUGGUAUUUUGAAAAAUGGCCUGAUCUGUGACUUCAAGUUUGGACCCUGGAAAAACAGCACUUUCAAACCCACUUUUGAGAAUGAUGACACAGAGACAAGCAGCAGUGACACAUCAGAUGAUGAUGAUGUGUGAAGGAUUCUCUAACAGCUUUAGAAGUUUUAGUGUGAUACAUCUCAUACAGUUUGGGGUGAAUUGUAAAAAUGAAGAACUAUAAUUUAUGUAGUAAAAUACCCCAUUAGAAGAAAAUAUUGGGGGGACUUCUUUAUGAAGAAAACCAAGAAUGUUGUGUUGGGCUGUGUUGAACAUUACUAUAAUUUCUUUGUAAAUGAAUGUUGUAGAAAUGAGGACUUUGGUUGAUCCAACAUUGACUUUCUUCAUCACUGCAGCGUUUCUCUGACUAGCAAUGUGACGAUGUAACAAAUGAGAUUGUUUCUCAUUUAAUAAAAAAAAUGUGUAAUGUUUUGCAAAGCUUCUGUCUUAAAAUGUCCAGGUCUUUAAAGAAAAAGGGCAACUUAACACUGUUUCGCUUGCAGUCUUAUUUCUUUCUUUCAAUGGAAAUCCUCAAGUCCACUUUGUACGCAAAAAAAAAAAAAAAAACACCACAAAACAAAAAUGGGGCAAUGUAGCAUGUUGGCUAAAACUGGAGCAAAGUGCACUAAAACUUUAAUUUCUUGAACUGAGCUGUUGUAGUGUUCACUUUUUGAAACAUAAUUGCUCUUUAACUAUUUGUAGUGCAGUAAAUGUUACAGUAAAGACUCACCGCACUUCUUCCAAAUUUAUAUAAAUGAUCUAAAAUCAAGAGCUUUAUUUGGGUGUGCUGCAAAACCCAAGAUUUUCAGAGUGGACAAUAAGGAAGAAUCUUGUGGAUAAAGAAUACAUAUUUUGAUAAGUUAUUACACAUGGAAAAAACCUGCUCACAUUGACUGGAUCUGUCCACUACAUGAAAAAUAAACUGGAUUUUCAUAAUAUUGUCUUAAUGCGUAGUGUCCAAGGUAUUGGUCUUGUAAACACAAAUGUGUUUUACUCACCUUUAUUUAAAACAAAUUGUACCAUAUUUAUUGAAGAUGGUUAUUGGUUUUUGAGUUUAGAAAAAGCUUUUGGAAAGCAGUCAUUACUCAUUGUUUGGCAAGUAUGGAUUACUAUUAAAUAAUAACAAACUUUA